UUCUCGUCAGCGUGUAUUUAAUGACAGCGAUUCCUUCUGUCAAACUCACAAACUGUCAAAGAAAAGUGGUGACAGUCGAAUCACCACGGUAAAAUUUCAUUAAAAUAACUUAAAAAACAAACAGCAAAAAUGGGGCGAAAUUGCAGCGCAAAAAAUUGUCAAAAAAACGACGCAAGAAAUGUGAACACCUCUUUUUUCAAAUUUCCCGACGACGUGACGCUUUGCGCGAAAUGGAUAGAAUUUUGCGCCUCGCCCCAGCUCACGGCGGCAUUCAACGCCUCGGGACCGUACGGAAUCCGUGGGCGGAAGAUAUGUUCCGAUCACUUUACGCGUGACUCUUUUCGCGCUCCGCUGAAUACGCAUCAAGGUCUGAAGUACGGCGCCGUUCCCCGGUUGAACACCAACGAGGAGGAAUAUUUGGAUGUUGAGUACCUGGAGGAUUCAGAAACAACCGAUGUCACGACCAAAGUCGAUACGGCGAUGACUACAUCCAAGAGGAAAAAAGUCGAGAAGCGAUACUACGUGCAGGGCAGACACGACCUCUUUGAGGUUUUGAUUCUUGAGGAUCCGCAAGAAAUGGACAAUGAAAGCUGA